AAGCCAUGUAAAGGUUUCAACCACUGAAUGGUAUUUAAAACUGCAACUUAGGACAUUGAACUAGAUCAUUAUUACAGCAUCUUGUGCAUCGGAUAUCUAACCGAAAUAGACUUGCGCAAGAAUGUCGAGCAGUGAAAGAAGACAGGGUCGGGUGUUUUGCGUGACAGGGGUCAGUGCGGAGAUGGGAACGUUCGCGGCACCCCCCUCCUCUAUCAAGUGCUCGUCCGGGUCCCUCUCAAGCCAGUGCGACACAGAGUCAAACACUUCCGGCUACAUCUCUUCUUCAUCGUUCGAGUCAUCUGGGGAAGAGAAGCUUUUGAUUCCGAAUGAGGACAAGGUGUUCCGGGUGUGGAACCAGUGGAGCCUUGAGCUUGACGCCAACCCAGGGCCAAAGAGUUCCACCCCAAAACAAGCCAGCGAGGGGAUCACUAUGAGAAGGCGGGUUAACAUCUCAACGGAGGCAGGGAAAUCAAUGCUGGCAAUUAAGAAAGUCUUCAGCUCAGACUCUAAAAGGAGUGAUUCAAGUUCUAAUCAAAUAAGCAGUGACGAUUCAUUCUGGGGAAUUAGAACACCGCGUGUUCAGAAAAGUAGUUCUGAAGGCGAUAUUCACAAGGGUAAAAUUACAUGUGACAAUUCUUGGAAACGCAAGCCACUUCCACUGCACGAUGCUGGGAUGGAAAUACAAACAUCAUCUUACAAGGGUGGACCACAUUCCCAGGAGUGGAGGCGGCGUCCGUUCGUCACCCAGUCAACAUCACAGGAGGACCUGAGGGCCGCCUCCACCACCAACCGACCCACCUCGGACCGUACGAGCUAUAGUGCCUUGCCGCGGUACCGAGUGACGGUCCCGGCCUCUCAACCAUUUUGCUAUGCAAGUGCUACCAACAAACUUGCCUCUCAUCUUAGUAAAUCAUGUGCUGACUUUGUGGACACGGGGGUGUCGGUUGACGACUCAAUGACGGAAUUCUUCUCCAAUGUGAACAAGGAGAACCUUGCGGGCUUUCUGGAUUUCUACGACCGAGUCACCAGCGGUCCCGCCUAUGAGCGGGCAAGGAGGAAUCCAAACAACUACGAAGCAGUUUUAUUUUGAAUCUGUUGAUAUACAUGUAUUGCUAUGCCACA